AUGUACACUUCUCAGCAAUUUUGUGACUUUCACCCUUAAUUUCAAUUAAUCAGUAUUUGUACGGCCAAACAUCAAUGUUAACGAAAAUUUUGUUCCUUAUGUGGUUACAAAAAGGAGGACUUCAAUCAUCAAUUAAUUUUAAAUCAUAUUUUUUAGGAAUAGAUUCUAGAAAAAUUCUCGAAAUUAUAAUCAGAGUAUCAGCUUUCCAAUAGCGUUACUUAAUUUAAAACAAUUCAAACUUAACUUGAAAAAUUGUAAGAGGAAAUAAUAUUUCUACUUUCGAACUUAAAGGAAUUAAUAAAUUGUAUUUCAAAAUUUGUUCAUUAAGAAGACAGUAGGUUUCAAAAUUUAUUAGGAUAACACCUAAAUCCACUCGAAUGCUCUAAUGAAGACUUAUAAUUUCUAAUCGAAUUUUUAAAUGAAAAUACUUUAAAAGAUUGGUGGCAAAAGAAGGAUGCUGUUUUAUAAUAAAUGCCUAAGGUUAUUAUAUUUUGGGAAAAAUUAGUGAGUUCAGCGUAUAGUCUUAAUCAUUCAAUUGAUUUCGUCAAAAAUAUUUUGUAAAUGUAUUUCCUUAAAAAGGGCUUAAAAGUAAAAGAAGCAAAUAGUUAUUUAAUUCAAUGGAUUAGAAAAAUAAAAUGAAGGCUUAAAACCAACAAAAUUUUCAUUAAUGACCCAACCGAAUGGAGAUAAGGUUUAUUCGAAAAAUGGAUAUACUCUAAGAGUGUAAAAUAGAUUAUUUAUUUUAAAGAGAUAAGCUUAAAUAAGGUUAAAAAGAGGAAUAAGUAAUCCUAAAUCUUGAAUAAAUAAAACAUCUGCGAUUCGAGGGAUAAUAUGGAGUUGAUGGAUAUAAAUAUAAAUAGUGGGAUAUUAUUUGGAAGGGAUAAUAAGUUGGUGGUGGUUUGUACAAUAUAUUAGGCGAAAAGGAAGGAAAAUGGAUUGAUUUAUGUGAAAAUUAUUGGGAGUAAUCAUAACAAUUUAAAGUAUUUUAGCGAAAAAAAAGUAGUUGAGAUAGGCUAUUACAAACAGGAUAAAAGAGUAGGUGCUUGGAGUUAGAAAUGGAAAGAUUAAAUAGAGUAACUUAUUGAAAUGAAUUUAGAGAAAUUGGACAUUAUGAUAAUGGAAUUAAAAUUGGGAAAUGGAGUGAGUUAAGUGAAGGAUUUUGGGAUGCAUCACAAGUGACCUAUUAUGGCGAAUAUUUAAAUGGUAAAAAAGUAGGCCGAUGGGAUAUUAUGUACAAAAAAUAAUUUAUGUAAAAUGCAAAUAUGAUUAAUUUUAGUGGAGGUGGGUUAUAUGAUUUAGAAGGUAAUGAAACAAAAAUUGGAGAAUGGAUUGAAUUAAAUGACGGAUUUUUUGAUUAUUCAUAAGUGACUUAUUCUGGUUAAUAUAAAAACGGUUAUAAAGUUGGCAGAUGGGAUAUUAACUAUAAGGAAGAUUAGCAUGAACCCUUCAAAUAGAUGUAGGGAAUUCAUUUCAAUCUUAUGUUAGAGGUGGCGGAUCCUAUGAUUUACAAGGUAAUGAAACUAAGAUGGGAUAAUGGACUGAGCUAAGCGAUGGAUUUUUUCAUUAUUCAUAAGUGAGUUAUUCGGGUCAAUAUAAAAAUGGUUAUAAGGUUGGCAGAUGGGAUAUCAAUUAUAAGAAAGAUUAAUAUGAGCCUAACAAUAAGAUGUAAUUUAGAAAUUAAAUUUUUGGUGGAGGAGGGUCUUAUGAUGCAGAUGGUUAUGGUAUUAAGAAUGGGGAUUGGAUCGAAUUAUGUGAAGGAUUUAGAGACGAUAAAUAAGUAACGUAUGCUGGUGAAUAUAAAAAUGGUCAUAAAAUAAAUAAAUGGAAUAUUUGGUAUUAAGAUCCUAGCACAUAAGAUAACGAAUGCAUGUAAAGUAACAAAAUUUAGUUUAGCGGCGGUGGAUUCUAUGAAGAAGGAUGCGAUGAUAUUAAAAUUGGGGAGUGGAUAGAAUUAAGUGAUUCGUUUAGAGAUGCUUCUUACAUCACGUAUGAAGGUUAAUACAAAGAAAACAAAAAAUUUGGUGAAUGGAUUAUAAAGUAUAGAGAAGAAUAAAUGUACAAAUAAUAAAUAUUUAAUAUAGUGGGGGUGGAUCUUAUGAUGAAAGAUGUAAUGGUAUGAAAAUUGGUAGGUGGAUUGAGUUGAGCACUGAAUUUGCAAGAUAUUCACAGAUCAUUUAUAAUGGUGAAUAUUAAGUUGAUUAAAAGGUUGGAAUAUGGGAUAUUAAGUAUAGACAAGUGAAUUAAAAACAAUUUAAAUCUAUGUACAUUAUUACAGAAAUCAUUAGUGGAGGCGGUUCGUAUGACAAAGCUUGCAAUGGCAUGAAAAUUGGGAAAUGGAUUGAGUUGUAAGAUGGAUUUAGAGAUACUUCGUAAAUUAUAUAUGCUGGUGAAUACCAAGCUGGUAUUAAAUGUGGUCGAUGGGAUAUUAGGUACAGGGAGGAUUAACAUAAAUCCUUUAAAUAGAUGUAAAAUAAAAAUUAAAUGAUAUCUCUAGCGGUGGAGGAUCAUAUGAUGAAGGAGGAUUCGAGAUUAAGAUUGGUAGGUGGAAUGAAUUGAGUGAUGAUUACAAUAAUAGUUCGUAAGUUGUUUAUAGUGGAGCUUAUAAAAACCAUAAAAAAAUAGGGAUUUGGACAGAAAUGAAGAAUACAAAGGAGAGAGGGUUAAUAAAAGUAAAAGAAAUUUCCUUUAAUGAUUGA